AUAAGCGCAAGGUAUCCAAUCACAGCCCACUAUAUUACAAACCUAGAAUGAUUGUAGAUGAUCCUGCCUGAAGAGAAGGACAAGGAGCCGAUGAGAGAAAUCCUCACAAAUUCACUACAGUAAUAAAAAAAAAGAAGAGAAAACAGUAUACAAUCACCCAGUGUGAAUUGUGCAAAGUCCGCAAGAUGUUGUCAGGAGAAAUGGCCGGCUUUUUAAAUUUCCAUGUGACGCUGCACUGCCAUACUUCCUUGGCCAUCUCCAUUCACUGUAGGACAGGUGCACACCAGGUCUCGGAAGAGCAGGAGCGCAGUCAGGGGCCUUGAGCAUCUACAGAGCAUCUAUGGAGCUAGAACAGCGGGACCCCCCCUUAAGGAACACGUUACAUGAGCUUCCAUUUAUUAUUCCUGGAAAAAUGCCUGUGGAACGGAUGCGUAUGCGGCCCUGGUUAGAGGAACAGAUAAAUAAUGACUGUAUCCCAGGCUUAAAAUGGUUAAACAAGGAAAAACAGAUAUUUCAAAUUCCAUGGAUGCAUGCAGCCCGACAUGGAUGGGAUGUGGAAAAGGAUGCUCCGUUAUUUAGAAACUGGGCAAUUCAUACAGGAAAAUAUCAACCUGAAGUAGACAAACCAGACCCAAAGACAUGGAAGGCAAACUUCAGAUGUGCGAUGAACUCAUUGCCAGAUAUAGAAGAGGUGAAGGAUAAAAGUAUGAAGAAAGGAAACAAUGCCUUCAGAGUGUACAGGAUGAUACCAGUUGCAGAAAGACCAUCAAAAAGAGGAAAAAGAGCAAAAGCAGAAAAAGAGGAAAAAGUAAAACAAGAGAAGAAUGAACAGAGCCAGACACCGGUGCGAUCUUUGAAUGGGGCGUGUACACUUACCUCUCCAUAUGCAUUCAUGUAUUCUACAAUAAAAGCAGAAGUGGACAGUACUGUAAAUAUUCAAGUUGAAGGACCGACAUACAACACUUACAACAUUAAUGUGGUGGAAGAUUUGAUUGUCUCCAAUCCCCCUGACGUUUGUCAGGUUGUUGAAGUGAUGACAGAAAGUGAUGAGCAGCCUACUGUCCGGCCACAACAUUACCCCCUGCAGAUCUCUCCAGUAUCUUCAUGUGCAGAAAGUGAAACAGAUAGUGUACCCAGCGAUGAAGAGGGUUUGAGUCGGUUGCAGAGCCAUCAUAAGAUUGUUGAAAAUAAAGAAUGUGUACAGACAACAAGCCCAAGAGCUUUCUACAAUCUCCCUGGAAUGGCAACAUUUGUAACAUCCAAUAAACCUGACCUCCAGGUUACUAUAAAGGAGGAGAAAUGUCCUGUGCCCUAUAAUGCAUCGUGGCCAAUUUUCCCAGAUGGGAACUCUUAUACGCAUACAGCCAGCAUCUCGACAUUAACCAGCACUCGGAAGGACCAUGAAACCAGAGCUACUGUAAUUAAGAAAACAUCAGAUGUCACUCAGUCAGGACUUAAGACAUUCUAAAGUGGACUUAUGUUGUGAAUAGUUUUAUUUUUUUUAUGUUUGGGAGAGUUUAAAAAAAGAAAAAGUGUCAUAGAAUUGAGUUCCCAUCUGUCUGCCUUGGGUGCCGUUUAGUUUAAAAAGUAAAAAGAAAGCAACCCACCAGUGAGUGAAGAAAGUGGUUUUGGACACUUAAGGCUUUCUCAGGAGCAAGGCCUGCUAAAAGGUCUAAAAGGCAAACUGAAAACAGGACCAAGACUGCGAGUCAACAUACCAAUGGCCUUAGUUUGGACUAGGGGAAUAAGAUAUCGAUAGAAUAUAUUCAUUUUCUUAAAAGAAACAUACAUCUAUAUUGUAAAUAUGUAUAUUAUAUGCAGCAGUUAUAGCACAUUUGCAUUUCGCUUGUGCACCUUAAAAAAAAACAAGCACUUACGCAGGAAACAUGGCUAUCUAUAGUACUGCUGUAAAUUCUAUUUAGAACAUAGCCAUUUAUAGCCCUGGCUGGUCAUAUCAAGGGCCUUGUGUACAGAACCUACUGGAAACAAAAAGUUAAGGUGUCGAAAGUAGUCACCCUAUAGGUGGCUAUGGGCACUGCUUCAGAUUUCAUACAUGAGGCCCAAUGACCAUACUUGCUUCCUAUAAAAGUGAAUGGUAUGUGUGCUGUAAAUUAAAAAUGACAGUUUUAUGAUAAAAUUAAUAUUAAAAUAAACUUAUUUUAUGGAUUUGCUUAUACCUGAGGUACAAUAGGAAUUUAGGUAUCUUCACAGUUCUUCUAUCCUCCCUUCAAACGUUAAUAUUAUGCAAAUUAGAAAAUAUAUAACUAAUAUCUCCCAAUUUUUUAUUGUUUUAUACAGGGAAUAUUUAAUUUGAAAUCUAAAAUGAAUAUAAUUGUUUUUUUUAUCUUUUUAUACAACAGAUUUAUUAUAUGAUUCAGUUUCCUGUUUGUGAGCAGAAUGUCAGUUUCCAGGCACAUUUCUUAAUUUUUGUUUUCUUACAUGAAACUGAUUUAUCGAACUUAUAUGUAGAAUGCAAAUUAUCCUGUGGAUUGAGAAAUAAAUAUUAUUUGCAGUUUUGUUUGCUAAA